AUGUUAAACAUUACAAAAGAAAGGUAUCAUUAAAUACAAAAGAUGUAAAAAUUACAGGAGUUUAAAUAUGAAAAUGAUAGUAUAAAGUACUCAAUAGAGAAAAGUUAAAAUCUCAGCUAAAUUAUUAACUAAGAAGUAAUCAUUUAUUAUAUAUGUAUAGAAAAAUCAAAUCAAAUGUUAUUCAAUUGGCGAAUUAAUUAUUAUUAUAAAUAAUAUAGUAGAUAAAUUGCUCAAAGUUUAUCAAAUCUCUAAUAUAUCAAAACUUGAUAUGAAUUCAAUUUAUGUAAAUCUUGAAAAUAAUGAAAUUACAUUUACUAAUAUACAUAUUAACAAUAGUUUGGUUACCUAUGAUGAGAAUCUAAAAGAAAUUAUUAAAAUUACCUAUGACAUCUUUUUUUAACAUUAAUAAUUUUUGGUAAGCCUAACUAAUAUUAAAAUUUAUGAAAAAAAUGAUGAUUUAAGUAAGAAAAUAUAAUACAUAACUGAAUUUUCAAACUAGGUACUUGAUAUUUUGAAAUCAGCUAGCUAUCAUAAAGAAUUGAACUUAUUUUUAAAAAAUCACAUCAAAGAUAAAUUAUUGACCCAUGCUAAUUUUAAGGAUAAAAUUGAAAUUCCAAAAGCUAAACAAUAUUUUUAAAAUGAUGAAUAACCACUGCCUAUUAAAGAUGCUCAAAUAUCCUAUGCUUUUAUUUAAUAAAAUCCAUAAACCAACAAGAUAAUAAAAUAAGAAUAAAAAAUUGAACAAGUUUAUCAAUAAUAAUAAUAAUAAUAAUAAUAAUAAUAAUAAUAAUAAUAAUAAUAAUAAUAAUAAUAAUAAUAAUAUUUUUAGAAAGAAACAGAAAAUUAAUAAGAAUUAUAAUGCUUAGAAUCAUAGGAAUUGCUGUAAAAUGAAGGAAAUCUAAACAUUUUAGGUUAAUCCACAAUUAUUGAUCCUUAACUUUAUGCUUAUAUUGAUACAAAGUUAAAAUCUAUGGCCUUAGAAGAUGAUUUUUAUGAAGAAAUGCGAUCAUAUUUUGUAAAACAUUACAAAAAUCAUUAAUAAGAUCAGAUAGAUAAAAAACUAGAACUAUUAAAUGCUGUUUAUUAUUAUCCAUAUCUUUAGAAUUAGAAUAUUGAUGAAGAUUUUCUUAAACAGUGGAAAACUAAAAUAUCUGAAGAGUUUAUUAAAAAAAAUACUAUUGAUUUGAAUGAUGAUUUACAGGAUUUCUAACAAAAAGUGUAUAUGCUAUAUUGGAAUUUAUAAUAGUAACAAUAACAACAAAUUUAUUGA